CAGGCGAGUUUUCCGCAGUUGUGCGUCUGCCCCGGGGACCUCCUGGGCCGAUGCGACCGCCGGGAGGAGACCCUCUGCGACCCUCCAGAGAGCAGGCCCGUCGGGACCCGCGGGGCCAACUUUGCGGACUGGAGGACGACGGAAGCUGAGCGCGAGUUCACCCCGGAGCUCCGGAGGCAGGGCGGGCGUGGGCCCGCUGGGCGGGAGGGGGUGAAAGGGAGCCGCGACUUCCGCGCCGUCCCCCAUCUCCGCGGAGCCCUCGGACCCCGCCCGCCCGGGCCCAGCGGCCGCGCCUCCGGGCGCCGGGCCCUCCUGCGCCGCGGGCAGGCGCAUCACCGAGCGGCCGCGUCCGGCCUCGGCCCGGCCUGCAUCCUCCUCCCGCUCCGGCCUGAGCACCCCGUCUGAAACCCGGAGCCUGCCGACUUCUCCGCUCGGGCCGGGGCGGGCGCUGCGCGCUCUUUCCACCACCCCAGGCAUCAAGUCCCCAGAGAACAAGUCUCGGGGUCAGACGGCGUCAUGGAACCCCCGGGGCCGCAGCUGCUAAGUUUGGAGGCGCCGGGACCUGCACCUUUUGAAGACCCCCCGCCUGCCGAGGAGCCGCCCGCCCCGGGAGUCCUCUGCACUGAGGGUGGCGGGGACGGCGGCGACACGUCGGCGGCCCCGAGCUCCGACGCCGAGGGCCCGUCCCCGCAGGAAGAGGCUGCCCCCUGGGAGCAGGAGGAGCUGCUGGAAAGCCGCCGCCGCCGCCGCUGCGGCGCGCGCUCCUUCUCUCUGCCCGCCGACCCGAUCCUGCAGGCGGCCAAGUUCCUGCAGCGGCGGCGGCCGCCUGCCCCGGGGCCGGGCGCGGAGGGCGGCGAGAGGGCCGAGGACGCGCCGCACAGUCCGGGCUGCUGCGCCAAGUGCCAGAAGCGGGUGCAGUUCGCGGACGCGCUGGGGCUGAGCCUGGCCAGCGUGAAGCACUUCGGCGUGGCCGAGGAGCCGCAGGUGCCGCCCGCCGUGCUCUCCCGCCUGCGCAGCCUACCGGCGCGCGCCGAGGACCUGGAGCAGCUCCCGGGCUUGCUGGCCGCGGCGGCGGCCGCGCCCCUCCGCGAACCGCCUCCCCGGCUGCAGCCUCUCUUCGAGCUCCCCGGGCCGAGCGCCGCAGACGAGCGCCUGCGGCGACAGCGCGUGUGCCUGGAGCGCGUGCAGUGCUCGGCACCCUGGGGCGCGGAGGUGACCGGCUCCGGCCGGGUGCUGGGCUGCCCGGGGCCGCGCGUCGUGGCCGUGCGCUACACCUUCACCGAGUGGCGCUCCUUCCUGGACGUGCCGGCUGAGCUGCGGCCCGAGCCAGGGAAGCCUCCGCCGCCAGAGGCGCCGUCGUGGGGGCCGGGGGAGGCCGAGGAGGAGCCGAGCGCCGAGCGCUUCCACUUCGUGCUGUGCCUGCCCCCGGGCCUGCAACCCAAGGAGGGGGAGGACGCGGACGCUCCGGACGUCGCGGUCCACUUCGCCGUCUGCUACCGCUGCGCCCAGGGCGAGUACUGGGACAACAACUCGGGGGCCAACUACACGCUGCGCUACGUGCGCCCUGCCGACGCGCGCUGAGCCCGCAGUUCUCGGCACCGCAGCGCUCGCAGGGACGCGGGAAGGGGCCGACGGCGCGCGGAGCCCAGGCAGCCGCGACGCUUUGCGGAGCGUCAUCCUCCCGGAGAGAAGCCGCUCCCCGCAAGCUCGCGCCCCAGACAGAACCCGCCAGCAAGCACGGAGCCCUACCCGGCGAAGCGCCCUACCUUCCCGGCCUCUUUCCCGUCGCUUUGGCCUCUGGAGUUCUCGCCGCGCGUCGAAUGGAAAGAAAUCCUCAAGAUUCCGAGCAGUGGCUUUC